GACAAGGUGAGGUGAUGCCCACGUUGGACAUGGCGCUCUUCGACUGGACGGACUACGAGGACAUGAAACCUGUGGACGCUUGGCCGGCCUCCAGGAAGAAAGACAAGAGGCGGAGUAAGAACCUGAGCAGCGGGAACGUGACGGAGGACGCUGACGCCACCGAGCCGUGCGACCACCACCUGGACUGUCUCCCCGGUUCCUGUUGUGACCUGAGACAACACGAGUGUCAAGCUCACAACCGAGGUCUCAACAACAAGUGCUACGACGACUGCAUGUGUGAGGACGGGUUUCGUUGCUACGCCAAGUUCCACCGGAAGCGGCGCGUCACCAGGAGGCGGGGCCGCUGCGUGGUGCCGGAGUCGGUCAGCAGCGACCAGGGAGGCUUCAUCACCAUCUGAUGAAGAGGAGGCACACGAGAGGAAGGAGAGAGAGGAGGAACGACGACCCCGUGACCCCCAAGACAUCACAUGACUCUGCUGACUUCAGGCUGAUGCUUCUUUUCUUUUUUUCUUACCAUGAAUCUGAAUACCAAAACCAGCAGUUAAAUCUUGAGUAGACGUAGUUUAACUGGUCCUGUGUUAUGAGUGUUGCAUUGUGGGAGAAUCCUCACCCAGCAAAUCGCCAUCAUCGAGCCAUUGAUGUGUUCGGUGAAAAUGACAAAACAGACUUUUUAAAACUCCAGGUUUUUUGAAAAUAAAUUAUAAAUUAGUGUUUAAUUGAAGGAAAAGUUUCAUUGUCAGAGUUCAAGUUUGACUUUUCUCAUGCAUUUGAUUCACAUUUGAUAUCCUUGAUGUUUUGUCCCGAUCCGAGUGGAACAGUGUUUACAAGUCACUCAUUUAGUGCUGAGCUAACUGACCUGAGGACUGGCAGGUUAGUCUCUUGCUUCAGGACCAUCACUCACAGAAAUGAAAAUACUCUUCUCUCUCACCUGCUUCUCCAAACAAACCAACACUUCUUCUGUAAAUGCUGUUUGAACAGUGUUGUAAAUAUGAAUGUGUUUGAAUUGCCAAAAGUUUUUGAUUUUGAAAACCCUUCAAAUUUACUAAACAGUAGAAAGAUAAACAAAGAUGCUCGUUCCACCUUCCUUAUAAAUGUGUUUUAAUAUAUGUUUUAUUUAUGAGGUUCUUCAAGACCUUUGUCUAUAUUGUGUUUUUCUGCCUUUUGUUUUGUUUUCAUGAUUAAACACU